AUGCAUUUGUUCCAUGCCCUCCUUGCCUGUGCCGUCGCUGUCACUGUCUCUGCUACCCCUGUUCCGGAUGAUGGCGGUCCCAACUAUCUCCCCCACAGGACCCUUUUCCCCAACUACAUCGUUCCUAUCAAUCAAUCCAAUCCCACUUUUACUGGCGGUACAAAGUACGAGGCCGAGAUAAAAUACACUGGCAGAUCCGAUCAAAUUCGGUCUAUGAUUGGAUGGGACAUCCCCGCCGGUGGCCCUAAAAACUGCAUAAUCAAGCUUGAAUUGUCUCAGGAGCCUGGCCAGCCCCAGAACACUUGGAAGGCUACUGGCGGUGGUAGAAUGAAUGUUUAUAUUCUUUCAGACUCCCCACCUAUCAAUUAUAGAACAAUUAGUUGGGAUAACAGGCCUGCCAGGUCUCCUCCAGUACCGCAAUGGUCGGUCGCACAACCUAUCUCUGGCGGAAAAGCGGCUAUUACUGGUGCGAGUAUACCAUGCCCAGAAGGAAGACUUUUCGUUGAACUUACAUCCGACGAACAAUCGCUUUUAUAUCUCAAGUGGUUUGGUAAGUUCCCAUUCUCAUGCACCUCGCCCUAUUGA